UAUGUGUUUUACUGUUAUUUAAGCAGCACCAUGGAAGCCCUUAAGACUUUUGAUUCAAUGCAUAAUUUGCAUAAAGGUGCAGUAGAUAAAGCCUUAGAAAGUAAAAAUGGACACCUGGAUCUGUUCCUGCGGUUCCUGCUGGGCAUCUCACUGGAGUCUAAUCAGAGACUCUUACAGGAUCUACUGACAAACACAGAGAACAGCUCAGAGAGCAUCAGGAGAACCACACAAUACAUUAAAGAGAAGAUCAAAGAUGGACGUGGACUCUCCACUGAACGAUCCAUCAAUCUGUUCCUCUGUCUCCUCGAAGUACAAGAUCAGACUCUGUCCAGAGAGAUUCAGGAGUUUGUGAAAUCAGACAAACACACAGAGAACAAACUCUCUCCAUCUCACUGCUCAACAAUUGCUUACAUGCUUCAGAUAUCAGAGGAGCCGCUGGAUGAGCUGGAUCUCAAGAAAUACAACACAUCAGAUGAGGGCAGAAGAAGAUUUAUACCAGCUGUGAUCAACUGCAGAAAAGCUCUUCUUGCUGGCUGUAAUCUCACUGGUCAAUCCUAUGAAAUUGUGUCCUCAGCUUUACAAUCCUCAAACUCUGUCCUGAGAGAGCUGGACCUGAGUAACAAUGACCUGCAGGAUUCAGGAGUGAAGCUACUCUCUGAUGGACUGAAGAGUUCAAACUGUCAGCUGAAGAUAUUAAGGUGUUUUAGAACAUUAGAAAUUCUCAAUGCAGCAUAUCUGUCUUCAGCUCUGAGUUCAAACCCCUCACACCUGAGAGAGCUGGAUCUGAGCUACAAUCACCCAGGACAAGCAGGAGACCAGCUGCUUUCUGACAAACUGGAGGAUCCAAACUGCUCACUAAAGAUACUCCAUUUGGGCCAUGCAGAGCCUUUCAGGAUCCAACCAGGACUUCGAAAAUAUUUCUGUGAUCUCACAUUGGAUCCAAACACAGCAAACACUCAACUCAUUCUGUCUGAGAACGGAGAGGUGAAAUAUGUGGAUCAGCAGCAGCCGUAUCCUGAUCAUCCAGAGAGAUUUAAAGAUAUUCCUCAGGUUCUGUGUCGAGAGAGUCUGACUGGACGCCAUUACUGGGAGGUUGAGCGGACUGGCUGGGCUCGUGUAGCAGUGGCCUACAAAACAAUCAGCAAAGAAGGGACUGUUGGUAAGUUUGGAUACAAUAACAAGUCCUGGUGUCUCUUCUGCACUGUUGAUGGAUUUGUUGUCUGGCACAACAAUGUGAGCAACAACAGAGCUGCUCCUUCCCCCUCCUCUAAAAGAGUAGGAGUGUAUCUGGACGUGUCGGCCGGCACUCUGUCCUUCUACAGCAUCUCUGACACACACACACUCACACACUUACACACAUUCAACGCCACAUUCACUGAACCCCUCUAUGCUGGGUUUAAGGUUUUUGAUUCCUCACUGUCACUGUGUAAGAUCACACAACAGACAAACAACUGA